GCUCAGUUCAGUCAGGAGAUUGGUCUCGCGUCACUGGGAGCGUCGGAUGACUCUGUACAGAAACUCGCCACUUGUUAUUUCUUCACUGUGGAGUUUGGCCUCUGUAAGCAGGAAGGGAAACUGAGAGCUUAUGGGGCCGGUCUGCUGUCCUCCAUCAGUGAGCUGAAGCAUGCACUGUCAGGAAAUGCCAGGAUCUUGCCCUUUGACCCCAAUGUGACAUGCAAACAGGAGUGUAUCAUCACCACCUUUCAGGACGUCUACUUUGUUUCGGACACCUUUGAGGAAGCAAAAGUCAAAAUGAGGGAGUUUGCAAAGACCAUCAAGAGGCCAUUCUCAGUGCGCUACAACCCGUACACACAGAGCGUAGACGUUCUGAAGGACACAAUCAGCAUCAACAACGUGGUAGAAGAACUAAGACAUGAGUUGGACAUCAUUGGAGAUGCACUAAGCAGGCUAAACAAACAAUUAGGAGUCUGAAAAGCUAAAACAUUUCACAGCAAAUCAUCAAUGUACUUCAUCUGCCAGUGCACUUGUUCUGUCACAGUACUUCACUCUACAAAUCAUGUGUGGCAUCAAUACAUGUCAUGCUGUAUGUACUCACCAAACCAAGUCAAAUCCUUGCGUCUGUUUAUAUAAUUACUUUGGCUCUUGUUUGAUUAAAUAUGUGGUUCAACAAAAGCUGUGCUAAAUGCUUGCAAGUGGAGUUCUUG